UCUUAACAAUCCAUCCCGCUUAACAUCUCGACCAUACAACAUAAAACUUCACAACUUCGACGACAAUCAAUUCAUUCCGAACCACCAAAUCCUAUAAAAACAGCAAUAUUCUUCAAUUCUCACAGGGUUUACUAAAAACCACCACAUCCAAAAUGGCCACGCCAUCCAAGCCCAAGCUCGACAUCACCGUCACCAAGCCCACACCCUACACCUUCGACCUCGGCCUCCUCCUAGCCAACGACCCCAACCCUCUCUCACCCACCAACCCCUCCUCUUCAGACCUAGAAUCGCAACUAUCAGCCACAGCCCGGGACGGCGCACAAGCCCUAAUAAACCAACUCCUCUCCACGCUCCCCCUCAGCACCACAACCUCCGGCGUUCUCCUCUCCCUCCCACCCCCCAGCACCCCCUUACCCCGCGAGAAACCCCUACCCCCUCCCAAGGAACCGACGAAAUGGGAGCAAUUCGCCGCGCGCAAGGGUAUAAAGCCGAAGACGCGCGAACAACGCCGCGCCAAGGCGCAAAAGUACAACGAGGAGACCGGGGAAUGGGAGCGUACGUGGGGCUAUGACAAGGGCGGUGCGCGGAAGCGGAGGGAAGAGGGUAUGGUGCAGCAAGAUUGGCUUGUCGAGGUAGAUGAGAAGAAGGAGCAGGAGGAGAGGGAUAGUAAAGGUAAAGGUGGGAAGAAGCGAGGAAAAGCAUGAUUACCUUCGGAAGAAAAAAAGGAAAAACUGAAAAGCACAAGGCACUGUUGCUUCGGCGGAAAAGUUUAGGGACACUACGUUGAUACCCAACACAUUACGAG